AUGCUUAGUAUAGUUCCUUAUGAACCCGAUGAUGCUGGUAUUCAAAAGUGGAAACGCAAAAUUCCAAGAUCCCAAUCUGAAUGGAAUCACCAUAUUUCUGUUUGCUAUGCUAUGCUAGACUCAUCUGCCUGCAACAAACGCCUCAAUUUCCUUUCUUUCCUUCGCCCAGACACCGACACGUCGCUGGUGGAGGUGGUGGCCGGCUACAACACCUCGCUGCCCUGCGCCAUCCAGUCCCCUCUGCACGACGCGCCCGUCCUCACGCUCUGGUACAUCGGGGCCGACGACACGCCCGUCUACAGCUACGACCAACGAUCGGGCGUGAGCGGCGAGUCGUGGGCAGACCCUGAGGUGUUCGAGGGGCGCGCGCACUACCUGGCUCAUCUCAAUCCCCCUGCCAUGUUGAUUAUGCGAACCACCGUCAGUGACGCUCACGUCUAUCGCUGUAGGGUAGAUUUCCAUAAUUCAAAUUCCAGAGUGGCGUGGGUUCGACUCCGUGUCAUUGUUCCUCCCAGCCGAGUGGAGAUCGUCACGCACGUGUCUCCGGUGAUGCCUGGCCAGCGGGACGACGUUGUUUGCACUGCUGUUGGGGGUGACCCGCCGCCCAGCGUCGUCUGGCUCCAGAACGGCAAGGUGGUGGACCCCAACAGCACGGUGGGGGAGAGGGGCACCUUCAACAGCCUGGAGGUCGCGGCCACCAGAGAAGAUCUUAAUUUUCCCUUCACGUGUAAAGCAACAAAUAAUGACGUCACGGCUCCAGUCUUCGCAAUAUAUUAUAGAAAUGUUACUUGCGGACCGACGAGCGUGCAGAUCGAGGCGUCAGAGAGCCCCCUGGUGGAGGCGCGGGAGGCGGAGCUGACGUGCACGGCGGUGGGGAGCAACCCGCCCGCGCACCUCACGUGGUACCAGCAGGGGAAGACCAUCGAGGACGUCUACGUCAAUGUGACGCGGCAGGACAACGUGACGGUGAGCGUGCUGAGCCUGAUCCCGGGGCGCCGCCACCACGACCGCCAGCUCCUCUGCCGCGCCGAGAACCCCAGCCUGCCCAUGGCCACCAUGGAGGACAUGAUCACGCUCAACGUGGCCUGUGAGUAUCUCCGGCGCCUCGGGUUCCGAAGGCGCUUCGGGGUCACGG